AUGGCGCAUAGAGGAAGAACUUUAAAAUCGGACGCAGACACAACAUCUCCUAAUACAUCAACCGUAUCACACCAGUCCAAGCCCUUUAGACAAUUUUCGACUAGAUCAAGAGCCAAGAGUAACGCAAGUUUUAAAGGUUUGCGUAGAGUUUUAACUCAUGACGGCACGCUGGAUGGUGAUUAUUUUAAUAAGCAUAACAUUUCUCAAAAAUGUAAGAGUUCUGAUGCUCUUUUCAGAAAGCGGACAAUUAGUGGACUGAAUAUGACAGCUUUGACAAGAGUAAAGUCCAACCAAGGGAGAAGAUCAGCUUCCUUUCAUAGUCCUGUGCAUAGUACACUGCUUAGCCCGAAGAGCAGUAGUCAUUCUAAUUCCGGGAGCGGUGGUUUUGGCUUAAAACCACGAAGAAGUAAAAGUACACAAUCUGUUCUGAGUCUUCGAGAUGCCCAAAAAUUCAACGAUAGUGGAUCUACUACAGAUGAAGAGGUGGAAUGCUUUUCCGAAGAUGAUACAGAGAAUGCGAAGGUAGAUAAUGAUAGAAUAAGUACUAAACAUAUUAUGCCUGAAACAGAAGAAAACGUACCAAAUUUAGUUUAUAAUAAAUCACAGUCACCAGAUCCAAUUGAGGAACAAGAAGAAGAUAAAUCUCCCAGUGAUGAAAGUAAAAACUGUAAAGCUGUAUCCCUACUGCUGCCUCGUUUAUCAUCUGAUGAUUAUUUUAGAGAAUCAAGCAGAUCUACGGAACACCAAAAUGCUGGAGACUCAUCAACAAGUUCAACGGAAACAAAAUUAAAUGAAAUCGAUGAAGAGGAAUCGUCAAAUACAGUGGAAGAAGCUGACGUUGAUGGCGAAUCUGGCCACUCUCAAAAAUUGAACGUUUCAUCAAUGAAAGCAGACGAUAAUAUCUCACGUGAACCAUAUAAUGAAAAUGAGGAAAAAAUUCUUGACAUCGGUAACACACUCGCUGCACAUAAAAGCAAUCAAAAACCGAGCCAUUCAGAUGAACGAUUUGAUCAAGAAGACCACAUUGAUGCUCCCAGAAGUAAUUCUUCAAGAAAAAGCGAUUCAAGUUUUAUGUCCUUGAGAAGACAAAGUUCGAAACAACACAAACUACUUAACAAAGAAGAAGAUCUUAUAAAACCCGGCAAUAUUCCUUCCAGUGACAAUAACACUGAGGAUAUUGAAGGGCAUAAUUUGUUGGAAAAUUACGCGCCUAAUGUGAUACUUUCUCAAUCGACUGGAGUUGAGCGUAGAUUUGAAAAUUCAUCAUCCAUCCAAAACUCACUUGAGAAGGAAAUUCACAGUUCAGGAGCACACAUGACCUCAAAUGGUACCUUUAACGACCUAGACAAUGAUAAAUUAGCUAAUGACACGAAAAAUGUUUGCCGAUCUAAACUUGGCCAAAGUAUACCUAACCCUAAUAAUGCUUUUCCCACUGCCACUAGCAUCAAUAGUAAAGAUAAUAAUGUCCCUCAGCAUAGUUUUUCGACCUCUAUAUCAAGCUUGACAAAUAAUUUAAGAAGGGCUGCUCCCGAAAGUUUUCAUGGCUCAUCAAGAAUUAAUAGUAUUUUCCAUAAAAAAAGUAACCAGAAUUUGCUUUUAAGGUCUAGUGAUGCUGGCAAAAACGCAGCAGCUCCAAACUCUCCAUUAUCCAAUGAACAUUCUGUUACGAAUACGAAUGUCAGCGGUAACAUAGACGGUCCACCUAACUUUGGUGCCAAAUUUAAUAGUUUUGCCCAGUUCCUUAAAUCUGAUGGCAUUGAUGCAGAAUCAAGAACGCAAAGAAAACUAUGGCUGCAGAGAGAAAACUCCAUCAUGGAUUUAAGCUCACAAAACGGCGGUAGUGAUUCGAUUUUUAUGGCAGGAAAUAUCGAUGCGAAAAGGGAGUUUGAAAGAAUAUCUCAUGAAUAUUCUAACGUGAAAAGAUUCUACAACCCAUUAGAUGAAGCAUUGUUAAGAGUGGAGCCUACAAUUGCAGGGAACGCAAACAAAAUAAAGAAAAAAAGCCAGAACGAUGGACAAUCGAUCGCUCAUUCCAAUGGUACAUCAGAUCACAAGGAUGGGGAUGAUUCACUUUUUGCUAAUUACGACAAGAAGUUUGAUGACCUUUAUCCACAUCUUGCAAAUGCAAAAGUCCAAUCAGUAUUGUCGAACAUAUGGAAAAACGAAAGUUACUUAUUCAACAAAGACGUCAACCCAAUUAACAAAAAUAGAACGCCGAGUACAAGCCACACCGUGAACCACAACGUUUCACAGAAUGCGCGUAGCUUACUAAGGGGUCCAAUGGGUUCUAGUACCACAUUGCAUCACCAGCGUGUGAUUAAUUCUCUGCAACCAACUACAAGAGCGGUGAAUCGCAGAAUGGAGAAUGUUGGCUACAUGCACACACAGCCACAACAAAGGUGA